GAUGGUACAGUCCGUUUAAAGAGCCGCUUGGAGUCUCUUGUGCGUUCAACUCUCUCCACGAGAGCGCGCGGCGGAAAGAUUCGUUUAGUGAAGCACGCUGUUUCAUUCUCUCCAAACUCCCUGUCUCUCUCUGUUUAUCUUACUCUCUGACAGUCACGUCCAAACACUGAACAGUAUGGGACUUUGAAUAUCCGUUCUCACCUUGUGGAUUUUGGGGGAUUUUUUGAGCUUAUAAAAGAGAGCACAAGGACAGAAUGGGAUUUUAGUGUGCUUAUGAUGCAGCAGGCGAUAUGACACGCUCCGUGGGUUCUGUGGAUUCUCCCCGCAGGCGAAGAUCCGGAGAAUGAUGGACGAGAAUAAGCAGCUCGCGCAGCGGAUCGAUGGCGCGAUCCAGUGCGCGAAGCAGGAAGUGGCGAACCUGCGCGCGGAGCUGACAGCCACCGGUCACAGACUGGCGGAACUCGGCGAGCUGGAAGAACCGGGCGAACCGCAGGAAUAUCAACAACAACAACAACAGAACCACCACGAUGCACCGGUGCAAAGACAGAAAGCUUUGACAGAGCUUGGUCAAAAAGGUGACGUUGUUCUCCAGGAGACAUCUUUAGAUAAAGUGCUGUUGCAUGAGGAGGUGGUGCGUCUGCAGGAGGAGGUGUCAGUGCUGAAGCAGGUCAGGGAGAUGUUGAAUCGUGAGCUGGAGGAGACAGGAGGAGGCUGCUCUGUGGAGCUGCUGUCCGUCUCACAGCUCCGAGUGCAGCUAACACAGAAAGAGCAGGAGCUGGACAGAGCAAAGGAGGCAUUACAAGCAAUGAAGGCAGACCGGAAGCGUUUGAGGUUGGAGAGGACUGAUCUCGUGAAUCAGAUGCAGCAGCUCUACACAACACUGGAGAGCCGUGAGGAGCAGCUACGAGACUUCAUACGCAACUACGAGCAACACCGAAAAGAGAGUGAGGAUGCAGUGAGAGUCUUGGCAAGGGAAAAGGAUAUGUUGGAGCGGGAGAAGUGGGACCUACGUCGACAAACCAAAGAGGCCACAGAACAUGCAGGUGCACUCCGCUCUGCACUGGACCUGAAAGAGAACCGGAUCAAGGAGCUGGAGGCUGAACUAACUAUGAUGAGUAACUUUAUGGCUCAGAAACUAGAGAGUCGCGUGUUUGUUCGAUCUCCAGAAAGACCAGCAUCACCUAAAACAGUGUCGGCAAAACAGUCUUUGGCUACUCUUACUAAGGAUGUUCCUAAGCGACAUUCGCUGGCCAUGCCCACGGAAACUGUCGUCAACGGCAACCAAGAGUGGGCGAUGCAUGCAGAGCUUCCUCUGACUGCGGCGAUACGACAGAGUCAACAAAACCUUUACCACUCAAUGGACAGACAGGUACUGAAAGCAUCACCAUGCGUUUGUGAUGCUGAUGGCAUCAGCAUGAUGUCAUCAGCCGCAGCCAGGAUCAGUCCGUGUCACUCGAAACAACCGUCUGUCAUCUCAGACGCCUCGGUGAUGGAGGGAGAGAGAUCCUCAACGGCAUCGGAUUCACCUCGACACAGAACACACUCCCUCUGCAAUUCUCUAGAGGACCUAGAAGAGCAGAGACGCAGAAAGAAGAAAGAAAGGAUGGGUCUGGGCUCUUUGUCACGGGUGUUCGGUCGAGGAAAGCAAAGAAAGUCCCUGGACCCCACUCUGUUUGAUGACUCCGACAGUUUAUCAAGCCCCGCCCGCCUCAGUGUGAGCCUAUCAGAAUGCGAGGAGCAGCUGGAUCGGCUUCAGCAGGUGGAGCUCGCGCGGACGGCCCCCAUGUCUCGUUGGCGUGCAGGAACCGUGCAGGCGUGGCUGGAGGUGAUCAUGGCUAUGCCGAUGUACAUACGGGCCUGCGCAGACAACGUUAAAAGUGGGAAGGUCUUGUUAGUUCUUACUGACGAGGACCUAGAAUUUGUUUUGGGUAUCAGUAAUUCAAUGCACCGCAGAAAACUCCGACUGGCAAUUGAAGACUACAGGGAUGCAGAAUCAGGACAUGGCCUUUCUAAAGCAGCUGAUCUGGAUCAUCACUGGGUGGCUCAAGCCUGGCUGACUGAUGUGGGUCUCCCUCAAUAUUCCCAGUUCUUCCACACUCACCUUGUGGAUGGACGUCUCCUGAGUACACUCACACGCACCGACCUAGAGAAGCAUCUGCACGUUUCUAAAAAAGCCCACCAGAACAGCCUUCUCCUGGGAAUACAACUGCUACACAUGCUCAGCUUUGACAAAGAGAUUUUGCAGUCCAGGCGAUCAGAGUGUGAGAAUCAGAACACAGACCCUGUAGUGUGGACUUGUCAUCGCAUCAUCAAAUGGAUCAAAGAGAUUGAUCUGAAGGAGUUUGCUGACAGUCUUCAGAACAGUGGGGUUCAUGGUGCUGUCAUGGUGUUGGAUCCCUCCUUCAGCUCUGACACCAUGGCAUCGGCUUUAUGUAUUCCAAGCAACAAGCACAUGGUCCGUCAUCACCUGAAUGAAGAGAUGAAGGCACUUGUCAGUGCAGCCAGGGCAGGGCUUGAUCAGGAAGUUGAACCUUUGGGGACUCCGCCCACACUUCACCGACAAAGUUCUCUAAGCAGCUCAUCACCCAGUUGUCAUGAUGAUGAUCAGCAGUCUUUAAGGAGGGUGAAGCAGCAGCUCGGUCUCAGCCCAAAGAAUUUCACUGGGCGGAAGAUCAGUCACCAGAACAGGUCUGGCUCAUUUCCAAGGAAUGGACUUCAGGAGGUCUCGCUACAGCAAGAGCGUUGCCCAGUUCGACAUUUUUCUGCUGCUGAGCUCACCAAUGUCUGAGGCUUUCUCCUGUCUAGACCACUGUUGAAAAACAUGACACUUUCUGAAAGCUCCGAAAUGGAGGGAUUUUCUUUUCUUUUUCAAAGUCAACAUUGAAGAAAUCUCAAAGAAAGUUCACAUUUUCUGACUCUGGACUUUCAGUAUGCCAGUAGGGGCAUUAGCAUUGUUUUGUAGUAGACCUUAUGUUGUUGUGAGUGUGGACUCAUUUGUCUCAAAGUGAGACAGAGUUAAGAAUCCAUUUGAAAGAGCACAUAACAUUUAUUUAUCUGUUUAGAUGUUUGAUGAAUUUUUAGCUGACAUUUAUGUGGAAUUUGGAAUUUCAUUAAUUCCAUUGUUUUUACAUUGAAUGUUAGCUGUAGAUGUUAGAAUUAAAACCACAAUAUACUGAAGAUUAGAAUGUGAAGUGUCAUGUUAAAUAGUACAUUAUUAUUUGAACUGAAUGAAGUUCAUAUCCACUGGGGUUCAAAUAGUCAUGUGGUUCAUAUUAGAAUAAGGGUCAGGAGGAUCAUUGAUGUCAGGUGAAUUGCAAGAUUACUACUCAUGCUUUACAACCCGAAUUCCGGAAAAGUUGGGACGUUUUUUAAAUUUGAAUAAAAGACUUUCAAAUCACAUGAUCCAAUAUUUUAUUCACAAAAGAACAUAGGUAACAAAUGUUUAAACUGAGAAAUUGUACAACUUUAUGCACAAAAUGAGCUCAUUUCAAAUUUGAUGCCUGCUACAGGUCUCAAAAUAGUUGGGAUGGGGGCAUGUUUACCAUGGUGUAGUAUCUCCUCUUCUUUUCAAAACAGUUUGAAGAUGUCUGGGCAUCGAGGUUAUGAGUUUCUGGAGUUUUGGUGUUGAAAUUUGGUCCCAUUCUUUCCUGAUAUAGGUUUCCAGCUGCUGAAGAGUUCGUUGUCGUCUUUGAUGUAUUUUUCUCUAUAGGUGAAAGAUCUGGACUGCAGGCAGGACAAUUCAGCACCUGGACUCUUCUACGACGAAGCCAUGCUGUUGUAAUAGCUGCAGUAUGUGGUUUUGCAUUGUCCUGCUGAAAUACACAAGGCCUUCCCUGAAAUAGACAUCAUCUGGAGGGGAGCAUAUGUUGCUCUAAAACUUUUAUAUACCUUUCAGCAUUCAUAGUGCCUUCCAAAACAUGCAAGCCUCCCAUACCGUAUGCACUUAUGCACCCCCGUACCAUCAGCGAUGCUGGCUUUUGAACUGAACGCUGAUAACACGCUGGAAGGUCUCCCUCCUCUUUAGCCUGGAGGACACAGCGUCCGUGAUUUCCAACAAGAAUGUCAAAUUUGGACUCGUCUGAUCAUAGAACACUUUUCCACUUUGAAACUGUCCAUUUUAAAUGAGACUUGGCCCACAGGACACGACGGCGCUUCUGGACCAUGUUCGCAUAUGGCUUCCUUUUUACAUGAUAGAGCUUUAGUUGGUAUCUGCAGAUGGCACGGCGGAUUGUGUUUACCGACAGUGGUUUCUGGCCCAUUUAGUAAUGUCAUUGACACAAUUAUGGCGAUGAGUGAUGCAGUGUCUUCUGAGGGCCCGAACACCACGGGCAUCCAAUAAAGGUCUUCGGCCUUGUCCCUUAUGCACAGAGGUUUCUCCAGUUUCUCUGAAUUUUUUAAUGAUGUUAUGCACUGUAGAUGAUGAGAUUUGCAAAGCCUUUGCAAUUUGACGUUGAGGAACAUUGUUUUUUAAGUAUUCUACAAUCUUUUUUACACACUCUUUCACAGCUCUGCCUAUCUUUACUUCUGAGAGACUCUGCCUCUCUAAGACAUCCCUUUUAUAGCUAAUCAUGUUAUAGACCUGAUAUCAAUUAACUUAACUGGUUGCUAGAUGUUCUCCCAGCUGAAUCUUUAAAAAGUUUCUUGCUUUUUCAGCCAUUUGUUGCCCCCGUGCCAACUUUUUUGAGACCUGUAGCAGGCAUCACAUUUGAAAUGAGCUCAUUUAGUGGAUAAAAGUGUAAAAUUUCUGUUUAAACAUUUGUUAUGUUAUCUAUGUUCUAUUGUGAAUAAAAUACUGGCUCGUGAUUUGAAAGUCUUUUAGUUUUCAUUUUAUUCAAAUUUUAAAAACGUCCCAACUUUUCCGGAAUUAGGGUUGUACCAAUCAAAGUGCACAAUUUUUUAUAAUAUGAAAUUUCUCUUAGAAGCCCAUUUAAAACCCAAACAGUUCAAAUCUGAUACUUUGGUGUCCUAACUGUAAAUCACCAACCUCAAUAUCAUGCAUACAUACUGUAGUUAGUGUACUAUAUCAACUCCAAGGUCAUGCACAUUGGUAAGUUGUAGCAGAGGUUAUUCUAAUCAUCACAGCAAAUGUGCAAAGAUCAAAGAUAUGACUGUUGUAUGUUUACUUUGUUUAUUAGGCAACUUUUUAAAGCAGCAUAAAAGGAGGUGCAUAUUUUUAUAGAGUACAACAUGUUCUCCAUUUAAAAAAUGGUCCUAAAUUUUAUUUUUAUUCUUAUUUCUGGUAGUUCUUCCUUAUUUUAUCCUAGGACAUUAAGACAAGAAACAAUUAUAUCAGGGUUUUAUUUAUAAAAAAAAUAAUCAGCUAAUGUUUUGUUAGUUUGUUUCUUCGUUGUUGUGUUAUUUGGUAUUUGUUCCACAUGUUUCUAGUAUCUGUUACACAUCGUACCUGCAAUUCCCACAAUUUCCCCACACAGGAUUAAUAAUGUACUAUAUUAUACUGAGAAAAAUACGUAAUACAUAUGAGAGCACUCCUUAUUCUGUUUACUAUAAAAGGUACAUGACGUUCCUUAAUUUAAACAGACAGUUAUGAGGAAGCACCUUGCCUAUAUGGUCAACCUUUGUCCAACAUCAUUAACAUUGCCAGAAUCACAACUGCCCAUAAAGUAGUUAAAUAUUGUUGAGUGUUUGUUCCGCUCUAGGAAUUUAUGUUUGGGUGAACCCUGUUUGACACAUUUAUGCGAGUGAUGCUUGUGAUUUGACGUGCACCACCCUGACUGCAGAGUGUUGUGAUUAAUAAGGCUUGUAUCUUAAAACUAUGAGAUUAGAUAUUUUCUGAGAGUCAUAAAUAAACUCUGUGUCAGCAUGCCAAUGGAUCUACAGUCUUCCCAUUUUACAGUUAAAAAAAACAACCCUGAAAUGAAAAUAAGAUUAAGACUUGGCUGCUUAAUCGGUUUUGAAACUGGAAAACUAGUUUGUAUACUUAAUGAUUUUAUUUAAAAAUAAAGUUUAAAUUUUCUCUGUAUUAUA